AUGAUCUGUCGACUCAACCGAUUUGAAAGUGGCGGGGUUAUUUCCGGCCAGCGUGAUCGAGCCCAAAAAUCGGCUCGUACACGGGCAACGCUUUUCUACGUCUGCGCGGAAGGAAUUCAAACCGACGGACGAUGGCCUGCCGAUAGGUCACACACUCUACACGCCCGACAUAUCCGAUUGCUUUAUUCAUUGGACGAGCACUGUGAAGAAGUCCGUGCCCUGUUCUUUACGUCUACAGCUUCUUUCCUCUUUGUGGGAUCGCAAUUCCGCCGUUUCGUUCCUUUACGUCGAUUAUAUUCGAACGAUACCAUCAUCAUGCCGCGUAGUCCCAACUAUUACGAUAUUGACGCCAUCCUAGCCGACGAAGAGCUAAUACCUUGCACUACUCUCUUUGAAUUUUCCUAUUUGGCCCAUUUGGACCCCGACAUUGCCGAUAUGCAGCAGUAUUUGCCGGAAAAAAGUCGGAUCCACGUUCCGCUCUGGGCGAUUGACAAAUGGGCCAUGGUCAACUACGUCAGUUUGUCACUCCCUCGACAGUACGGUCGCAAAGCACGCGAACGUCUCGAAGCCGAUCCUUCCGAAGUCGAUCUCUGCAAGCGCAACGGGUACUUUUUCCGGUCCGGCGUCAACGUCAUCAAUCUCAUUGAACAAAGCUGUCGUAAACUCGAUCAGGGCCUCGCCGCACAAGGGAGGAACAGUGGAAAACUCAACGAGUUAAGGUCACAAUUGUUCAAACUCCAACAGGAAGCAUCGGCUUUGCGACAGACGUUGCUACUGACGUACACCGGUGACCGCUUGCGGCAUACACUGGACUGGGCCUUGAGUAGUGUCGGGGAUGACGUGUCACGCUAUACAUCUCGACUGACGGAAAUGGAAAAGAAUUUGUUUCGCUUGGGGGCCCGGGCCGCCACCAACCACGUCCGAUGGAAAAUGUUGGGGAGUCGCCGAGUAUUGCCUCCAACGACGCGGCCCAUGGCGCCGAUUAUCCGCCGGGCCGUCACCCCCGAUCCACCACAGAUGGAUGCGACCCAAAAGGCUCCUAACAAACGGCAAAGAACGCUCUAG